UCCUGAGCGCUGAUGUGUUACUAGCUGCCUCCUACAGGUCUGAGAAAAUGUUCAACUUCGGGUCAAAAUUCCUGCUGCUUUUUCUCCUGGCCUUCCCCUGUGGAUUACUCUCCAUCGGCCAUGUCUCUGCACAGCCAGACUCGGCUGAGGACACUGCUGAGGACGCUGAUGCUGCAGUAGAUGAGGAGGAAGAUGAUGAAGAGGUCCUUGUUGAGGAAGAUCAGAUACAAACCUCGGAGGGAGACGAAGAUGAGCCAGAUGAAGCUGCAGAUAAACCUUUAACUUCUCACCCUGAUGCCGACACAACCAUCAUCUUCACGACAGGAGAAGAGUUCCCUGCCAAUGAAAUCGUGAGGUUCCUGGUGGGUUUCACCAACAAAGGGAGUCAGGAUUUCACUGUUCAGUCGUUGGAGGCCUCCUUCCGUUAUCCCCAGGACUUCCAGUUCUACAUUCAGAAUUUCACAGCUUUGCCCCUGAACACUGUGGUGCAGCCCCAGGCUCAGGCCUCCUUUGAGUACUCUUUCAUCCCAGCUCAGCCCAUGGCUGGUCGUCCAUUCGGUCUGGUUAUCCUCCUCAACUAUCUUGACCUUGAGGGCAACGUGUUCCAGACUGCCAUUUACAACCAGACUGUCACCAUCACCGAGAAAGAAGAGGGACUGGACGGAGAAACAAUGUUCAUGUACGUGUUCCUGGGUGGACUGGUGGUUCUGAUGCUCUUUGGGAUGUACCAGGUCCUAGAGUCGCGGACAAAAAAGAGAAUCCCAGUGAAAAUAGAGAAGGGCACUGGCGGGUUAAAUGAUGUGGACAUCAGCUGGAUUCCCCAGGAGACACUCAAUGCCAUGAACAAGGCUUCCCCGAAAACAUCUCCACGGAAACGAACCAAGAGGGCCGCUGGAGCAGAUCAGUAAUACCGUCCGUUUUCCAUCCAUCAUCAUGCUGUCCAUCAGGCUUUCAGAGUUCUUUUCCUCACCACAGUAACCCGAUUCCCAUUCACAAUGGUUCAGCUUUUCUGGGAUCCAAUUUCCAGCCCGACCAGCAUGUUAAAGAUGUUGGAUUUCAUCCUCUCAGUCUGAUGUCCCUGCUGGUAUCACGGCCAGAGAACAUCCUUGACUCUACUGCUCCGCUCGGAGCGAGACCACUUAGACACUAACCGGACUGAACUACAGUUCAUUUUUAAAGUGACUGUUUUAUCUGUGUGUGUGUGUGGGUUUGUGUUAAAAUUGAGAAAAGAUGAACCAAUUAGUCAUUAAAAAUCAUCGAAAAACAAGAGGGAUGUGGUACAGGCUGCCCCCCCAAAAAAGCUGCAUACAUCCAUCCAUGAACGCUUCAAAGUCAUAAUAAUUGCUUUGAAGAUUAAUGACAUUAUGUUUGGAGAUUUGACAUCUUUGGGAUAAAAUUGAUUUCAUGGCUUCAGAACAUUCAUAUUUCAUCCUCCCUCUCUCUGUCAUGUAAACACCAUUGUGCCUUACCUGCACUGUGAUUGCGAUGCCCCGCAAAGACUUGACGUUAGGGAAAAAUAGAGGCAUUUGAUUAAAAGGUUGCCCACUGAUACUGCUCUGCUUUUAGCAUCCAGUCACAUCCAGUAUAGGCUGAGGUUUGUAAAACUUUGAGUUUGAUAUGAUAUUUGUUUUACAGUGGGGCAAUGGCAGCUGCAAGUAAAAUAAAUAUUGAAACAGUGUUCUCUGGAAGUUUCUGCAGGUUAAUUUAUGGGUUUCAUCCCCUAACUGUUGUAAGAGGCUCAGUGGAGCAUUUCAAACUCUUACGUGGUGCUGUUGGCGCAGUCUUUCAGAUUGCAUGCCUUUAUAUGUGAUGCAACAAUUUUUAAAAAACAAUAAAAGGGUGAACAAAGUGCUUUUUGUUCCUGUUGGCUGCUCUCUUACAAACUCUAUUUUUUAAUUAUGAUACUGUUCUCAUCUGCAUUCUGUCACAUUUUGUGCUUCAUGCGGUAAUUUUGUCGCAAUCUUCUGUACACAGCUUCAGUAAAAUAACAACUGGAGAUGCCGUCACUUUCAGAAAAUUAGGAUGAAAAUGACCUACGCCACAGAGAUUUUACAAAACUCUCCGUAAGGCUUCAUUUUUAUGGGUUUGCAAAUUCCAAAUUCCUGGAAAUUAUUCUGGAAAAAGCUAAAGAAGUUGGCACUAACUCAUUAAAUAACUAACAACUUAUUUAAAAAAAAUGUUGUUCAGCUGGCACAC